UUACAUUUUCGGCUGCUGUGUGAGGCGCUAUGGUGGCCAGUGAUGGUCCGCUGCGCCCGCCUAGCGCGCUCCUACGAUGACGACUACGACCAGGUCUGUCCCCCGUCUCCCUAGCUUCAGCACCGUAUCACUCCAGCUUCUUCGGCGAUACGCGUACCUCGAUGUCGAUGUAGUCACGCAAUUUCACGUAGGCUUCGCUCAUCCGCUUGUAGGUUUCGAGUUUUUACCCGUGAGAUUGUGAUGAGUGCUGUGUGGUAGCGGUAGUGAUGUUCAUCAAAGCCGCCCCGGUAGCGGCCGAAGAGGAGCGACGCGGUUCCGUAUCCAAUUGGUUUCUCUCGCUGCGACGCGGCGGGCGACGCAAGCGUGAGGACAAUGGCGUCGCGGCGGCCAACUACGGCUCGCUGGGCAGAAGGAAGGACUCCAACCAACCCCGGACUAAGACCCGAUCCGCCUGGGACCUCACCACCGUCACUCGGAUGCAACUCAAAGAUGAGCUCGGUGAGGUGGUCGCGGAGUUGGAGGCGCUGGACGGCCAGGAGGAGUGCAAACAGAACAGCAAGGCCAAACAGAUGAGCAUAGGCAGGAAGAAGUUCAACAUGGACCCUAAGAAAGGCAUAGAAUACUUGUACGAGAACGGUCUACUACAGCGGACGCCGGAGGACGUAGCCCAGUUUCUUCACAAGGGCGAGGGGCUGAGUAAAACGGCGAUAGGCGACUACCUCGGUGAAAGAUCUGACUUCAACGAAGCGGUGCUGAGGGCCUUCGUAGAGCUACACGACUUCACGGACCUCAUACUAGUACAGGCGUUAAGACAAUUCCUCUGGAGUUUCCGGUUGCCGGGCGAAGCGCAGAAGAUAGACAGAAUGAUGGAGAGCUUCGCGCAGCGGUACUGCCAGCUCAACCCCGACAUCUUCACGAAUGCUGACACGUGCUACGUGCUGAGCUUCGCGAUCAUCAUGCUGAAUACUUCGUUACACAAUCCAAGUGUGAAAGACAAGCCCAGUCCAGAGCAGUUUGUUGCCAUGAACCGCGGUAUCAACAAUGGGGGAGACUUACCUCAGGAGCUGUUACUGUCUCUAUACGAGUCAAUCAAGACGGAGCCGUUCAAGAUCCCGGAGGACGACGGCAAUGACCUGAUGCACACGUUCUUCAACCCCGACAAGGAGGGCUGGCUGUGGAAGCAGGGCGGCAGAUACAAGUCGUGGAAGCGGCGGUGGUUCAUACUGAACGACAAUUGCCUGUACUAUUUCGAGUACACCACGGACAAGGAGCCGCGAGGGAUCAUACCGCUGGAGAACAUAUCGGUUCGUCCGGCGAGCGAUCGGCAGCGGCCGCACUGUCUGGAGCUGUACGCGAGCGGCGGCGCCGACCUCAUCAAGGCCUGCAAAACCGACUCCGAGGGGAAGGUCGUUGAGGGAAAACAUACUGUAUAUAGAAUGUCUGCGGCGACGGCAGAGGAACGAGAUGAGUGGAUAGAGUGUUUGCGAAGGUCCAUCAGUCACAAUCCCUUCUACGACAUGCUGGCUCAGCGCAAGAAGAAGGCGCAGCACAAUCUACACUCCGCGCACUAGCGGUAACACUAGUACCGGUGUCGUGAUGACACUAGAA